UUAGAAAAGAGCGGGAGGUGUCCAAAACCAAAACCCUCGCUACUUCCCCCUCUCACUCUCACUCACUCUCUCUCUCGCCUUCGAUUCGGUUGCUCCGAGAUGACCGGAAGUCGUGUUCGAGACCUCACACUGCUCUCCGAAUUCAAACCAUUGGGUUUGACUGCCGAGGCGUUGGACGGCGGGAAGCCUUCCGACGACGACGACGACGAUUAUCAUUAUUUCCUCUUCGACCCCCAAGUGGCCGGAGACCGAGGAGGCGGGUCUGACGAUGACGAUGCGUUUCUGUCUAAUGAGAGCGGCGACCACGAGCUUUUUAUCAGAGGAAACAGAAUCAUAUGGAGCACAGGAACCAGAGUAUAUAAGAGGUUCACGCUGCCCUCCAAGGUCAUCAAGGCAUGCUGGUGUCGGAUGGGAGAAAUGUCUGAAGCGUCGCUUUGUGUUCUCCAAGUUUCUUGUUUAACCAUCUAUGGUUUAACAGGUGAAGUGGUCUCGGUGCCACUUAGUCACGCCAUCGCAUCCAUAUGGCCACUUCCUGUUGGAUUACUUCUUCAGCGGGCACCUGAAGGGAGCUUACUUACAAAUAUGUCAUCAUCUCCUCCAUAUGCAUUUACAAGUGCACAUGAUACUUUCCGUCUAAAAAGUGAUAUUAGAUACAGCCCUCGGCAUAAUUUCACUCCGCCUUCUUUAUUUGGUAUUGGUACAAGAAAUGGUGGGAUGUCAAUUUCUUCCCAUCUAAUAUUGAAGGAUCCGUUAGAGGAUCCCCGGAUAACUUAUAUUGAAGAAAGAGACAAGUUGAAUAUGAUGUCAGAAUUUGAUGAAGUCACAAUUUGGACUAGCGAUUAUGUUCCUUUGAUGGCGUCAUAUAACCAAGGAAAAAUGCAGCACUCCUUGUGGGUGGUAGAAGUUUGCAACUCCAACGCUGAAGUGGGAAAACCUAAAUCUUGUGACUUAUCAGCUCCUGUGGUGUCAGAAAAUCAUGUUUUUAGAAGAAUAUGGCUAGGGAAAGGUUCACAAACUGCUGCCAGUAAGGUUUUUCUGGCGACUGAUGAUGAUGGUACACCAAUCAUAUGUCUUCUUUUUCACGAACAAAAGAAGUUGUUGUCUUUGCGGCUUCAGAGUCUUGAGAUAAAUAAUGAUACAAUCUAUGAUAUUAAGCCUGAAAUGAGCUGGAGCAUAUCAGCAAUUGCAGCAGCUGCUAUUACAGUCACUCGACCUAAAGAGAAAGUGGGAAAACUUCCUCUUAGAGACAUCAUCGCAUUAACUCCAGAAAACACACUUCUUCUCUAUUCAGGGAAGCAAUGUUUGUGCAAAUAUGCUAUGCCUUCUACUUGGGUUAAAGAUCAAGUUUUAAGGAAAACUAUGUUACCAAGGGCCAGCAGCAUCAUGCAAGAUCCUAAAAUAGUUGAUUUAGCAGAUGCUGUCGAAGGGCGUGUCAACUUAGUUCUUAAUGAUGGACAGAUUUGCAGAUGCACAUUGCGGCGUAAUCCUUCAUCAUGCCUAGCUGAUGAUUGUAUUUCAGCAAUGGCAGAAGGACUUGGCUCUAGUUUGUUUGGUCAUUUCCUUGGCCUUCUAUGGGGCGAUGAUGAUUCUACUUAUUUACUUGAUGCAAGUUCUAGCCCUGAUUCAGAAUGGGAGUCCUUCUGUGAUGUGAUAACAAAAAUAUGUGACAAGUCAGAGUCAUCAUUGCAAUCAUUAUCCGAUUCAGUUUCAAGUUCAUCUUGGGAGUUCCUCAUCCGGAGCAAAUAUAAUAAGCAAUAUGUUAGAAGUAAUUAUAUUGCUGAUGCGUUUCCUGGAUUAUCACCUGAAUCGCAUGGAUUUUGUAUAUCUGGUGCUACUGUAGCUGAUAGACAAAAUACAGAGCAAGCCUUCUAUCUGAAAUUUCUGCCCGAAACUUUGGAUACAUUGCAUGCUGUGUAUGAAACACUUAAACUUGACAACCUCCGCAAAAGGGAUUUGGGUCUUCUGGUAAUCCUUUUGUGUGAUAUUGCUGAUUUCCUGAAUGAAGUGAGCUACUUGGAUCAUUAUAAGCGUGAUUUUCCUGGAAUUGUGAAAAUUUUUAAGAAGCCUCAGCGCUUGCUUACUUCAAGAACUCCUCCAAGUUUAUUCAGAUGGCUUGAAACUUGCUUGCAGCAUGGAUAUGAUUGUACCAGCACAUCUGAUUUGCCACUUCUGGUUUGUAAAGAUGGAAAUUGUAUUGUAAGCUGGGCCAGGAAGAUAGUGUCUUUUUAUAGUCUCUUGUGUGGUGCAGAUCACUCAGGAAAUACUUCAUCAUUGGGUUUCACCUUUAAUAUAUCUCCUGGCUUUUAUCGUAACCGAGAGGAGCUUACAGUUCUUGCAAUGGUUGGUGAAAGGUUUGGUUUGCAACAUUUAGACUUGCUGCCAGCUGGUGUCUCUCUGCCACUGAGGCAUGCAAUUGACAAAUGUCGUGAGUCUCCUCCGACAAAUUGGCCUGCUGCUGCAUAUGUAAUACUUGGUCGUGAAGAUUUAGCGUUGCAGCACAUGAGACAUCCUACAAAAUCAGUCAAGCUCGAUCAUACAAAGUCAAAUUUGAUUGCAGUUUCUACUCCUUACAUGUUACCGUUGCAUCCAGUGACCUUACCUUCGUCGUUUUCUGAUACGCUUGAUGCGGAGAAUACAAAGCUCGAGGAUGUAGACACUUUUGAAGGUUCUGUGACUGAUGGAAUGGAACAUAUUUUCAACUCCACCACACAGUUGAGAUAUGGUUGUGAUCUACGGCUGAAUGAGGUUAGACGCCUUCUGUGCUCUGCAAGACCAGUUGCUAUUCAGACACCUGGUAAUCCCACGGCUUCUGAUCAGGAUUUCCAACAGACUCAGCUCUGGCAUCUUGCUCAAAGAACUACUGCCCUUCCGUUUGGUCGUGGAGCAUUUACACUUGGCACUAUUUUUACUCUCCUAACUGAGGCACUUGCUGUUCCAAAGCUGGUUUUGGCUGGUCGAUUACCUGCUCAACAAAAUGCAACAGUUAAUUUGGACCCAAACGUCAGAAAUAUUCAAGAACUUAAGUCCUGGCCAGAAUUUCACAACGCUGUGGCAGCUGGCUUGAGGCUGUCUCCUGUUCAGGGGAAAAUGUCUAGAACGUGGAUACUUUAUAACAAACCAGAUGAACCUAAUGCUACUCAUGCUGGGCUUCUUUUAGCACUGGGUUUACACGGACAUCUUCAUGUUUUGACCAUUAGUGAUAUAUUCAAAUAUUUUUCACAGGAACAUGAGAGUACAACAGUAGGAUUAAUGCUUGGCCUUGCAGCUUCAUAUAGAGCAACUAUGCAGCCAGCUAUCUCAAAGUCGCUUUAUGUACACUUGCCGGCCCGACAUCCAUCUUCCUUUCCGGAAUUAGAAAUGCCAACACUUAUACAGUCAGCGGCACUUAUUUCUGUUGGGCUUCUAUACGAAGGAUCAGCACAUCCACAAACAAUGCAAAUUCUUCUGAGUGAAAUAGGCCGCAGAAGUGGAGGAGAUAAUGUACUUGAGAGGGAGGGUUAUGCCGUUUCUGCUGGGUUUUCACUUGGACUUGUUGCAUUAGGUCGUGGUGAAGAUGCUAUUGGCUCUGUUGAUACCUUGGUUGGUCGGUUGUUCCAAUACAUUAGCGGCAAAGAACUUCAUAAUGACAGGUUCCAACCCUUAUUAUCAUUUAGUGGUGAACAAAAUCGAAGUUCAGGCCAGAUCAUAGAGGGGAAUUUGAUCAACACUGAUGUCACUGCACCUGGAGCUAUAAUUGCUCUCUCUUUGAUGUAUUUGAAGACAGAAUCAGAGCUAAUAGUGUCCAAAUUGACAAUUCCACAAACUAAGUCUGAGUUGCAGUAUGUAAGGCCUGAUUUUAUAUUGAUGCUUGUUGUUGCUCGGAAUUUGAUUAUGUGGAGCAGAAUCUGUCCCUCAGAAGAUUGGAUUGAGUCUCAGAUUUCCGAUGUGGUCAAGAAUGGGAUAAAGGCUGUUGGAAAUGAGAUGGAUGAUAUGUAUGAGACGGAUGCUGAAGCCUUUGUCCAGGCAUAUGUCAAUAUAGUGGUUGGAGCAUGCAUUUCUAUUGGGUUGCGAUUUGCUGGUACAAGAGAUGGAAAUGCUCAAGAAUUGCUUUAUAAAUAUGCUGUCUACUUCCUGAACGAGAUAAAGCCAACUUGUGUGUCCCAUGCUAGUGGUUUGCCUAAAGGACUUUCUGUUUAUGUUGAUCGUGGAACCUUGGAGACAUGCCUUCACCUAAUUGUUCUUUCCUUAUGUGUGGUUAUGGCUGGAUCUGGUCAUCUACAAACAUUCAAAUUCCUAAAAUUUCUUCGCAGUCGAAACUCCACUGAGGGACAUUCUUAUUUUGGAAUUCAAAUGGCUGUAAGCUUAGCAAUUGGUUUCUUGUUCCUUGGUGGUGGAAUGUGGACAUUUUCAACUAGCAACAGCUCCAUUGCUGCUUUGCUUAUAACUCUUUAUCCACGUUUACCUACUGGACCAAAUGACAAUCGAUGCCAUAUCCAGGCAUUCAGGCAUUUGUAUGUUCUCGCAUCUGAAGCUCGGUGGGUACAAACAGUUGAUGUGGACACUGGGUUACCUGUAUAUGUCCCUCUUGAAGUCACCAUCAAGGAGAGUGAGCUUUAUGCUGAAACAAGCUUCUGUGAGGUCACUCCUUGUAUUCUCCCAGAGCGUUGUUUUCUGAAGGCUGUUCGUGUCUGUGGCCCUCGAUACUGGCCUCAAGUUGUUGAGGUUUCCCCUAAAGUAUGUACAGAGAAACCAUGGUGGAAUUCUGGAGACAAGGAUCACCCAUUUAAUUCAGGUGUCUUAUAUGUUAAACGAAAAGUUGGUGUUAGCUCUUAUGUGGAUGAUCCCAUUGGAAGUCAAUCUUUGUUAUCACGGGCUAUGCACAAGAUGAGUGGCUUGACACAUUCAAAAUCAUCCCCUUCAAGUACUGAUUCCACAGGUGCUGUAACAAUAGAGCAGUUGGUUAGCACUUUCUCAUCAGAUCCAAGCCUGAUUGCCUUUGCCCAACUUUUUUGCAACUCAACCUGGAGUAGCAGAUCUGAGCUCGACUUUAAGGAAUUCUGCCUUCAAGUGUUAUUUGAAUGUGUUAGUAAGGAUAGACCAGCAAUGUUACAGGUUUAUUUGUCACUUUAUACUACAAUUGAAUGCAUGGAGUCUGUUGUUGGUGGCACUUGUAUUUCCAGCGACUCACUCUCCCUUUCUAGCUUGAAGAUUGCUCUAGCCUAUAAUGAAGCUCUCUCCAAUGGAAGAUUAACUACUUCGAGAGGGGAAAUUAUGCAAUCAGCUUUUCUUGGGUCGCUCAAGAAACGAGUGGACGACCUUCUGAACAAUUCUCUUUACGUGGAUUCCAGAACCUUAUCUUACACAAUAUCAGGCGAAUGGCCAAGCGACGAUUCCCUCCAAAGGAACUCCAGCACAGUCCUUUCUUGGUACCUUGUAUGGUAUAAUUUCCCAACACCUCUUCAAAUUAAAAAUGCCACGGAGAAGAUUAAAGGCAAAAUGAUAAGCUCUUCUGUUCCAUUGUUGAGGCUAGUAUUCCCUGCAACUCACAUUACUGCCAUCAAUGCUAUUCAUAGAUUCUUGUCAUCUUCCCAAUAAUUUUUGGUAGGAUGGAUAAUCAAUGCUCAGUUUAUUGUUGUCAUAUUUGUUAAUUUGUUAUGAACAAUCCACUACUGUACUAUUUGGCGUUGUGUUUUAUGCACACUCAUGAGCUUUGAUAUGCCAUUGGCCAUAAUUCUGACUUUAAUGCUAAAUAUUUGGAGUUGUACGCUUGUUUUUCAUGUCCAAAGCACAGUUUGUGACAAUAUUAUUUAAUUUGUAGAGCAAUUAACUAUGCAUUAGUCAUGAAGAUAUUUUGCCCAUGAUAGCUUUCAUUCCACAAGUGGAUGACUUUGCACAUAUAGAUUUUUUCACAACUGGUUAGGUUAAUAUGUAUUUAAUGUGCUAGUGGAUGCAUACCCACUUUGUUCCCUUUUCUAGUCACUGUCAUGUUUAACUGAAAAAAUUCACAACUUGCUGGGAGAUGGACAAUGUAUCUGACUUGGCAGUGGGUUGGGUCAUUCAUUUCUAGAAAGAAUGAUGAAUAUGUGGCCUACAUAAUAACACUGGUCCGUACUACCCAUAAUCCACAGUGCAUAUAUUAUACAUUGGUUGUGGGCAUGUUUUGCAUAUAAAUUGCUUGAAAACAAUGGAGAAUCAGGUUAGUUUUAUUACCAUGGAGAAUACAGAGAGAAGUUAUGCCGACACUAACGCUCAAGACGAAGUGUCUUUGGAGAA